AUGAAUAACUUCAAUAAUUCCAGUUUUGUUUGCAAAGGUUUUGAUGAGCUUUACUCUGCUAUUCAGACAGAAAAUAUUGAAUAUCUGAACUACUCUUUCUGUGAUACUUUUGGGUCUCUUCACCAUAUCACAAUCAGUUCUAACUUAUUUAAGUCUGGUAAAGAUAUUCAAAAGGGAAUAGCAUUUGACUCAAGUUCAGUAAGAGGAAUGCAGUAUGGUGAUUUUUCAGAUAUGAUUAUUGUACCGGACUUUGAGAGAGUUUGGAUUGAUCCAUUUUUUAAUAGAAAAACACUUCAUGUUGCUUGUUUUGUACUAUUCCACACAGGAGAGCCUUCACCUGGAUGUGUAAGGUCAAUCUCAAAAAGAGCUCAAGAAGUUCUUUUGUCAUCUGGAAUUGCUGACAAAUGUUUUAUUGGGCCAGAAAUUGAAUUCUUUGUUUUUGAGUCUGUUAGUUACAAUAGCUCACCAAAUCAUAGUUCUUUCUGCCUUGAUGGUGACGAAGCUUAUUGGAAUUCUGGGAACAACACAACCUUCUACCCCCACAAUAGGCCAAAUCUUGCAAGUAGGAGGCCACUAAAACAAGCAUAUUGUGCUCCUUAUCCCAUAGAUAGAGAUUUAUCUUUGAGAAGCGAAAUUCUUGAAGAGCUCGAAAAUAUCGGAGUACCAGUAGAAAAGCAUCACCAUGAGGUUGCAACCUGCCAACACGAAAUCGGUGUUCAUUGUUCUACUCUUAUCCAUUCGGCUGAUAUUGUGGAAUCCACAAGAUAUCUGAUAAAAGGAAUUGCACAUAGAAAUAACAAGACUGCAACCUUUAUGCCAAAACCUCUAGGAAAUGAUAAUGGGAGUGGAAUGCACAUCAAUAUCUCUCUUUGGAAAAAUGAAAAGAACAUUUUCUUUGAUCCCGAAUCAAGUUAUUUUAAUUUAUCCAACAAAGCACUUUAUUUCAUCGGAGGAUUACUUUCCCACGCAAAGGCUAUUAUGGCUUUUACAAAUCCAACCACUAAUAGUUACAAGAGACUUGUUUCUGGCUACGAAACACCGGCCAGGCUUUCCUACGGAGCCGGUGACAGGAGCUCUGCCAUUAGAAUUCCCUUAUCAGGAUUUUCUUGUUUUAAAACUCAAAGGAUUGAAUUCCGGCUACCUGACUCAUCCACAUGCCCACACUUGGCAUUCUCUGCAAUUCUGUGUGCUGGGAUUGAUGGGAUUUCGCGUAAAAUCCACCCUGCUGCUUACUUGAACACCUGUAAAACUCAAAAUAACGAAUAUAAUUUGCCGAAAUCACUUAGUGAGGUGCUUCAAUAUCUUGAAGAAGAUUAUGAAUUCCUCAUUAAAGAUGGAGUUUUUUCGCAUGAAUUUAUUCUUAAUUAUAUCAAGCUUAAACGCGACGAAAUUGUUAUGGUGGAGUCUUUUCCAACCCCCAAAGAAUUCGAACUUUAUUAUGAUUAA